GGAGAUAUUAAAAAAGCUGGACCAUCCGAAUAUUGUGGCGUUUCUGGGGUUGGCGAUCGGACCACCCUUGGCUAUUGUGAUGGAGUUGAUGGGUUUAGGCGACCUGAAAUAUUAUCUGAGGCACAACAAAACAGAGAAGAACACCAUCUCAUUGGCCGAGCGCUACCAUACGGCCUUCCAGAUAGCCAAUGGGGUGGCGUAUCUGGCGACCAAUGGAGUGAUCCACAGAGAUCUAGCUACUCGCAAUUGCAUGGUUGGCGCGGCAACCACGUCAUCGUUUGGUUAUCCGAUAGUAAAGGUGGCUGACUUUGGUCUUUCGCGUCCUCUAUCUGCCGAGACGGAGUACUAUCAGAUGGAGUCUAAGAGUGAUCUGCCUAUACCCUGGAUGGCCCCAGAAACCCUUGCACAGAAAAAGUUCUCGCAAAGUUCCGAUGUGUGGUCGUUUGGGGUGACGCUAUGGGAGAUCUUCACGGACGCGCAGUCUAUGCCGUAUGCUGGCAUUCCUAUAAUGGCCCUGUACAAACACAUCACUGACGGACAUCGGUUGACCCGCCCAGCCAACUGUCCCAGGGACGCAUACGAUAUCAUGACACGCUGCUGGCACGAGAACACCUCUGAACGGCCCGAUUUCCAUGCGCUGUGUUUGGAUGCGGCUGCCUUAUUCUUGCAAACGUCCGAACACGAAGCCGUCAUCAAGACGAGCAAAGGGGGGCAGAUCUUUCUCCAGGACACCAGUAUGCCGGAGACCCUCUCCGUUGCCAAGCAACGCACGUCAGCUACUAAGUCCAAGAGUGGACAGAUGACAUCUACUGUGCAAACCCCUGGCAUGCUAUCAGACACGCAUACAGCACAACCCUUGUACGUUGAUGUCGAUGCAGAAAUAGAACCUCCCCCGACUGUAGCCGCUGUGCAGGGACUGGACGGGGCUUACAUGGGGUACUAUGACAGUAUUGUCUAACAAUCCGAUAGUUCCGUCUGAUAGUACGACAAAUCGUCUAUCAAUCCGACAAUUCCGUCUGACAAUACGACACCUUAGUGACGGCCUGACCUGCAGAUGGCUCUCCUUUGGCAACUGCUGGAUGUGCAGAGACCGGAUAAGCGUUGUUUGUAAGGAACGAUAAGUAAACUGUCUGACAACAUGACAUGGUCUGAUAGUACGACAAUUGUAGUACAAUACGACAAUUGUCAGACAAUACAAAAAUUAUCUGACAAUACGACGAAACGUUGACACAAACGAAUAAAUUGCAUCACAAAAUGCAACAUCCAGUAUGGGCGAACGAUAAAUACACUUGUCGUGCUCAGCUAAUUUUGCCCAAUACACGUAGAAUGAAGAUGACGAGA